UUUCAAAACUGUAUAAGUCACUCCUACCGAAAACAGCAAACUGCUUAUUAAUUUUUGCAGCAGCAUCUGUCCUCACAAAAGUUCUGGGUUCCUGAUUCCACGCCAUUUAAUUUCGCGACGGAGGCUGCUGGCGAUACAACCAACCUGUUUCAGUUUUUGCUUUUAAUCAUUAAUGUUUAACUGCCAUCUUUUUUCAAGGGGAUAAACAAUGCUGAAGCGAGCGCUUAGUAGAUUUUUGCUGAUGGAGCGGCAAGGUGGUGAUCGACGGAUAACACCUGGCCAUUGUCAGUGGCUGCGUGGAGUGAAGACGCGUAGGCAGCCCGCGGAACUGGCAUCAUUGCAUCGUAAGAGCAUCCGCACAGUGUCUCAAGUCGUUCCCGGAAAAAUUGCGCCAACUCCGCCAUCAUUUAUGCCGGGGAGCGGUUUGUCCGUUCCGAACGCUGAAACGCCGUUGGCAGGAAUGAAGGAAUCUCGUGUUAUCCGCUUUCCGACGCCAACCAUUCGGCUCGCACCAUGCGUAAAUAGCGGUAACUCAGUCGGUGGUGGGUUUUUCAUCAAAGGAGUCCAAAAGUUGAUGGAUGAGAGGCUGGCGCGCGUUCGAGCGGGGGAAAAGGGUCUGCUGACGGGGACCGCACGAAUUAGACUGGACAUUGCCAUUAACACGGACCACCAACGCGACUGGUUUAAAGCCUGGGGACAAGUGGGGGAGAGCAUAGUGCGUAUGGAUGCUGGCUUCUACAGUCACGAAUACUGGGGUAAAGGAAUUUGCGAGGAAAUACCAAACUUGGCACGUCCGUUUCACAUGGUUUGGAAAGCAUCGCCGACGGGUAGCAUGAACAUCGCUCUGAUUAUCAUUGGUGACUCCGAUCACGCCCAGGAAACAUUCGUGAAAAUGGAGGAAAAUGUCAUGGAAGGGAUUCAGCAUCUGCAUGAAGUACGUUGUAUUAAAGAGGAAACCACAUUUGUAGCGUUCCGUGGGCCAGCGUUCUACUGGGGAGUUGCGCGUCUUGGCCAGACGCCCAUUCGUCGUUGUGAGUUGACGGAUAUCCGAGAGCCGGCAGCCGAGGAGGUGCUCGAGCAGCUGGCCACGCACCUUUGUGCUUUGUGAUGGAUUCCGUGGUGCAUACUUUGUGGUCUUAUAAUCUCGGUUGAUAUGAUCUUUCUCAUCGCUGAUGUACACUGCUAGAGUAGCAAUUCGCGGAAAGCGUACCGCUACCAUAGUUUCUCUUGAGUUGUUGAUGUUUGGAUUAAAGAUUCGUAUUA